CGUGCCGAGCCUCGCCGUGCGUUGGGACCGUGGUGCUCGGGGAAUGGCCCUCCGCGGGUAGCCGCAUCGGGUGGAUGCUUGAGAGUGGAGGAUAAGGUACAAGUGUCUGGGACCGGUGGAAUGGAGGCCUGAUGUAGAUGGAAAGAUGGAUGAAGAAGAAGCUCUGAACUCUAUUAUGAAGGAUUUGGCAGCGUUGGGCAAGUGUGGGGGGCUGCUGGACAACAACAGGAAUAAGAACAUUGUCCACUCCAGCAAGCAGCGAAAUGUCAGGAUCAAGUUUGAAUAUGAAGGAGAGAAAAGGAUUAUCCAGUUUCCAAGACCAGUCAAGUUCAAAGAAGUGGUGCAGAAGGUGACGGAUGCUUUUGGACAGACGAUGGACUUGGUCUGUGUGUACAAUGAGCUCCUGAUCCCUCUGAAAUCCCAGGAAGACUUGGACAAAGCGAUGGAACAGUUGGAGCUGAGCCCUUCCCUGAAGAGCCUGCGGAUCCUUGUGAGUGCUCCAAAGAAAGCGAAUCUCCUCCAGCCGAACAACAGUAAACAGCAUGAGAUGAGGAUCUCCAGGUCCAUGGGGGACAUCAUGGGAUCCCUGUACAAAGACUCCGAGAGGACAAGGAAGUAUUCAACAGGCUCUCUGCACACUGGCCGGAGCUCUCCACCUCCAGGGAGUGUCCCUGAGGAGCAGCAGCAGAUUGCUCGUCAAGGAUCCUACACCAGCAUCAACAGUGAGGGCGAGUUCAUCCCUGAGACCAUGGAUCAGAAUAUGCUUGAAGCUUUCAUCAGCCCCGAUGAGUCACUGUCUGGGAGCUGCCAGUCGCUGGACAGAUCUGUGGACAGCCCUCCCUUUACCCAAACCCCUGUUCCUGGAAGGAAGACCCAUCCCAAAGACAGCCUUGAUUGCAUGGAUUUUGACAUCCCGUUCUGUGAGAGGUUUGGGAAAGGGGGGACCUUCCCCAGGCAGUACCACCUCUCCCAAAGCCGCAAGGACUACAGUGACGGCCGAAGGACUUUCCCUAGGAGCUACUUUCCACAGGAGAACUUGUUUCAGCUUGUCCCCUCCAGCAGAACCAAGAGCUUUAAUGGAGACAGCAAGCUCAGCACCUUGCAGUAUGAUGAGUACAGGCCCAAAUGGUGGAGCAAUUGUGAAAAAGGUCUGCAGGUCUUCAGCACCUCCCCUACGAAAGCUAGGAACUCCCUGCAGGCACCUGUGAACUGGAGGCUGGGGAAGCUGCUUGGAAGAGGAGCUUUCGGGGAGGUUUAUCUCUGCUACGAUGCUGACACUGGCCGGGAGCUGUCAGUGAAGCAGGUGCCUUUUGACCCCGACAGCCAAGAGACAAGUAAAGAGGUGAAUGCUUUAGAAUGUGAGAUCCAGCUGUUGAAGACUCUUCGUCACGACAGGAUAGUGCAGUACUAUGGGUGCCUGCGGGAUCCUGAGGAGAAGAAGCUGUCUAUCUUUGUUGAAUACAUGCCAGGGGGAUCAAUAAAGGACCAGCUAAAAGCUUACGGUGCUCUGACUGAGAACGUCACACGGAAGUACACCAGGCAGAUACUGCAGGGAGUCUUCUACUUACACAGCAAUAUGAUUGUCCACAGGGACAUUAAAGGUGCCAAUAUUUUGAGAGAUUCUGCUGGAAAUGUGAAACUCGGAGAUUUUGGGGCCAGCAAACGCAUCCAAACCAUCUGCAUGUCUGGGACUGGGAUUAAAUCUGUCACGGGAACACCGUACUGGAUGAGCCCAGAGGUCAUCAGUGGAGAGGGCUAUGGAAGGAAAGCUGAUGUGUGGAGCGUGGCCUGCACCGUGGUGGAGAUGUUAACGGAGAAGCCGCCGUGGGCAGAGUUCGAAGCCAUGGCAGCCAUCUUUAAAAUUGCCACCCAGCCGACCAACCCCCAGCUCCCCGAUGGCGUCUCCAACGCCUGCCGCAACUUCCUCAAGCAGAUCUUCGUGGAGGAGAAGCGGAGGCCGACGGCCGAGGACCUGCUGAGGCAUCCCUUCGUCAACUGCGGGCUCUGAGCCCCGCCAGCGGGGAUGGGGAAAUGCCGGCGGGAGGGGGGCGGCCGCCGGACCCGCGGCCUCUUGCGCUCUGUGGAUCAGACCCUGGGCUGUCCUGGCGGUGGCCCCCGCAGGUCCCUUCUUGCUGCUUGCUGGCUCAGCACCUGCCGUGCCCUUGGACUUCCAAGCUGUGCUCGGGACUGUCGGCUCCAGGAAUUCGGACCGUGCGGGUGCUGGCCUCGGACCAAGGAACCUCCUUGCCACCAGCAAUGCCAGGGUUGUGCCCCCUUGCUGUGUUGCUUAUCUCUUGGGAAAAGUGCAACCAAAAAUGGGAUCUGUCCUCUCUCCAGCAUGACAGUGAUGCUGGCAGCAUCCCCGGGACUGGUGGAGGAAUAAGAUGCUCGGUGGCGAUCUCCACCUCUCACAGGGGAACAGACAGGAGCCUCAGCCACGCCGGAGGAGAUGAUCCUCAGACUGCAGAGUCGGGGGGCACCCAGGUGUCCCCAUUCACAAGGGGACCAAACCCUGCUGGAGGCCAUGGGACCAGGCAGCGUCUCCAGCGGGGUGGCGUUCAAUACUGUUUGUGCCUUAAGCGGUUACAGUCCAGGAGUGAUGCUCGACUGGGCACAGGGCAACGGGGUUGGGCGCCCUGGUGCAGCGGCCCUGGUGCAGCAGCCAUGCUGCCUUUGCCUGUGUGUGUGCCUGCACGUGUGUGUGUGUGUGAGUCGUGGUGGAAGAGGUCUUCUCGGGGCGCAGGAGGUCUCUGCGGGGUACACCCGUGGACGGAUGCCUGGGACCUUUUUGCCACAGGCUGUGCAGAAGGAUGUUUCAGUGCUGUCGAUGCCUGCAGUGGGCAGGGCUGAGCACCAAGCAGUUCGUGCUGGGAAACAUCAGGGAUCAGGUGGGAGGUGGAGGGGUCUUGGUGAGGGCAACUCUCUGCUUGUAGCCAUAACCCUGCUCUCCUGUGCCCCUGCUGUUAACACUGGGGCUGGAGGGAUGCCACUGCAUUUUGAAAGUGGAGCUGCAGGAAGAGCCCUGUCAGUCUCCAUGAACCCCAAGUGGGUGCCUAAAAUUAGGCAGAGAAGAAUGGUGGCUGCAGAUCUGGGCUGCCAAGGGCUGAGUGCCUUCUCCUCUGUGCCUCAUGGAAUCAGCCCCUGGUGAGGGGAAGGGGGAUGUCAUCCCCAAGAUAGUGCCCAAGGGAGCAGCUGCAGGACCACAAGCCUCAGACCUCAGAGCUGCAUAGGCCGAGGGCAGCUGGAACCAGGUUUCUUCCUGCAGUAUAUUGGAAGUCAUAGGAGAAAAAGCAGAGUUGGGCCUCUGACCAGCACUAACCUACUGGAAAACAGGGAGCAUGCACAGAGAUCCUGGAAACUAAUGAAUUAAUCAGAUCUUUGGGCAAAUUAGUUGCACCAUCCCACUUCCCUGCUGCCUUAGCUGUUUCCACCUGGCUCAGCAAAGGGUUAAAUAAGCAGUCACUGGGGGGCUGCCAUCUUAAAACUACUUUUAGUUGAAAAUGAGAAGAGUUGCUUGGACUGAAGAGGAAAUUGAGAAAUUCAUUUUUCAUGUGACUUCUCACAUCCUUGAAUUCUUCCUAGUGGGAGAGAUCAAGACUUUGCACUGCUGGGGUGGCGGUGGGAGUGCUUCCUUGUCCACAGCUCAGGAAAGAGAAGCUAAAAUUGAAGUUCUUUCAAUUAAAAAAGAAAAAGAAAUGUGGGCAAAUUAAAAGAAAUAGCUAGAAGGAUUCCCUGUGAAAUCAUCUGUGAAGCUGCAGAGGCCUCUUCUUGCCCAGGCUGGGCUCCAGUGAAGCUGGAGGUCUGGGGUGAGGCAGCACUGGGGUUUUGUUCCAGCUGAGCACGGUGGUGAUGGGCAGAUUUCCUCCAGCACGGGGGUUAAAGUCGUCUCCUUUCUCUGAGGGGGAAUGAAGAAUUUUAUUCUGUGAAUAGGACCAAAUCCAUCAGCCUGUGCAUUAAUAUGGGAUGGAUGGAAAGAGCUAUAAGAAAAAAUAAAAUAGUAAUUAUUGUAGGCUGGGAAGGGUUUUGUCAGAAGAGGGUAACAAAGUGUGUUUUCACCACAAACUAAAACCAAAACCAACGAAACCAAAACAAAACCCAGACAAUUUCAAAGCUGUUUUCUCUUUCAUUCAAUCUGUUCAGUUUUUGAUUUGUUUUUCUCAGCCCUUCAUUGGUGGGUGGGUGCUUUCCUUCUUCCCAAAGCCUAGAGAGCAAAAUGGGGCUCCUGGGCUGGGGCUGCCCCAAAACGCUCCCAGGGCCCUCAAACAGCCCAAAUCCUCCCGUGGAUGGAUGCGGCUCGUCUGUGAUGUGUGCCUGGGCCACGUGUGUGUGAUGUGUUGGUGUGUGUGGGGGUACACCCUCUGUGUGUGUGGGUACACCCUCUGUGUUUG